UUGAAUCAUUUCCACGUGCGUACGUGCAUGUGUGAGGUUAAAAGCAACUGUUGUUUUCAUCAGAUAUUUGUAAAACAUAUAAAAUGCAAUUAAGCAAAGAAGAAAUACCUGCAGAGCAACCAUUUAAAUCUAUUGAAGCUAGUUUACUUGCCGCAAAUAAGUAUAUAACUCAGUUAUUUUCAAUAAUUGCUUUUCCGGAUAGAUGUGCUGAAGAGGAGUUUGAAGAUGAAGAAGAUGAAGAAGAUGGUGUACCGAGAAAGAAGCCUAAUCUACAGGGUACAAAAACAUCUAGAGCCACAUCAAUUUCAGAGCUUCAACAGAGAUUAGAGGCUAUUCAGAGUAAAAAGAAACAGACAUUCAAGGAGAAGCUAAAGAAGAAAGACCUUAAGAAUCAAGUAAAGAGGAAAUCAAAGAGGGAAGAAAGAAAUGCACAGAAAAAACAGUUAAGGGCACAAAAGUUGUUAGAAACAAAGCAGGAACAACCAGUCAGUGACAAUGUUGAAGUUAAAGCAUCUACAAAACCUAUUUUCAACAGUGAGGGUAAGAUGGUCUUCUCAAAGUUUGAUUUCUCUGGACUAGGCAAAACCAAGAAUGACAAAAACGAGAAGGACCCUAAGAAAAUUCUUGAAAAUCUGCAUAAACAAAAAGAGAAACUUCAGAAGUUGGAGGCUGAAGGUGAAGUGGAAAAGGCAAAGAUGAUCAAGGACAAGACUGCAUGGAAAAAUGCAAUUGCAAAAGCUGAGGGUGAGAAAAUCAAAGAUGAUGAAGUUCUGUUGAAAAAGUCUCUAAAGAAAAAUGAGCAGAUGAAGAAGGCCAGCAAGAAGAAAUGGGACAAGAGGAUUGAAGGUGUUAAACAUGCAAAGGAUGAGAGGCAAAAGAAGAGACAGGAAAAUAUUGACAAAAGAAAGAAAACGAAGAAAACAAACAAAUUAAAGAAAGCGGCCAAGAAGGGCAAAAUAAUACCAGGUUUUUAAUUGUAUGUGCUGGUAUGUUUAUAUUGGUAUUUGAAGAACAUCAGGUAUAAUUGCUGGUUGUUUUCUAUUUAAUGUUAAUAAAUAUUGAUUAUUAAUUGAA